GUCAUGUCGCGCUAUCCUGACGACCCAGACUAUUCCAGUCGCCGCAGAGACACUGGCCACUCUACUCGUAGGGACAAUCGAGAGCGUGAGACCAGAGACCAUCGGACUGAACCUACAAGAGAGAGAAGAGCAAUAGACGACAGAGACUCUCGUAUGACUGAUGCCAUGGACACCCGUAUGGACACCCGAAUGGACACCCGUUUGGAUUCCCGUUUGGACCCCAGGCUGGACAACCGUAUGGACAUCCGGGCAGACCCCAGGGCAAACGCGGCUGUCCGUCUCGACCCUCGACCUGAUCCUCGUCUGAUCGAUGGACGUAGCACUGAUCCUGAAGCUGGUGUUGUCUUAGUCCGGGACCCUACUACCGGAGAGCUCUAUCGCGAAGUGAGGCCCAUUGGCAGAUCUCCCUAUGCUCGUGAUGAUCGUUAUGAUGACGCUCCUCAAAGAAUUCGACCUCAAAUGGAUACUCCUAUGGCUCUGGAUCGUGACCUUGGCAGGCCCAGUCCACAUUACACGGAACAUUUUUGCCCAGGGGAAGGCAUUGAACGAGAAGUCAUCCAGCACGAAAUUUGCAAAUACCUUGGUCAGGAUGCCACUUGUCGCCCAGGUCGUAAUGAACAAGGACGAGCUGGGUUCUGGGUCAAGGCCUAUCGCCCCUUCACGACGGCAAUGGAGCAAUCUUUGCGUGAGGAUACGAUCAAAUGGCAACGUGAGCGAGAAAGAAGGACCCGCCAGGGCCGUUCGCAAGGUACGCCCGUGAGCGACAGCCAAACAACUCGAUCUAAGGAUCGUGUAGGUUCAUAUGCCGAGAUGCAAGCGCGCCAGGACAGAGAGCGCCGAUAUCCAGGAGACAUGGACCUUGAUGAUGAUUAUGACCGUCCGCCACCAAGGCAUCGGGAUAUUGACCCACGGAUGGUUCCCAAUGCUCGCCCUCCUAUCCCUGUCACUUCUGCAUAUGCUCCGGAUCCAGGCUAUUCCGCUGCAUAUUCAAUAACAUCAAGUCAACCAGGCUAUCCACCCAUUUCCCAGCCAGGAGGCUAUUACCCCUCGGAACGAGAACCUAGGACGUUUCCUGGCAAUUCUACGCCCCCAUCGAUAAGUCGAACCACACAAGGAGGUUACAUUCCACCCCCGUAUACUACAUCAAGAUCAGCACCACCUGUCUCUGCAUCAAUACCGGCCAAUUAUCCGGACAGAAGAGGAGAAAUACUGGGCGCUUACCCCCCAGGCUAUCCUGACUCCUCUCGUAGGCAUGGC